AUGACAUCUGGGUUCUGUCUUGCCAGAAUUUCAACCUUGGAUGCUAGGAAGGCCCAAGGAAACUCCAACCUUGUUGUUGGUAUGUUCUAUGUCAAUAAUCAACCCUUGUUUGUGUUAGUAGAUUGUGGAGCAACAUAUUCGUUUAUUUCUAACCAUUGUGUGCGGAGACAUGGUUUUGAAGUAAGUCCUCUUCCUAAUCCUAUGGUUAUUUAUUCGGCUACUGACGAUGUAGUAGAGGCUCGAGAAGUUUGCAAGGAGUGUUAUGUUACUUUCAAUGAUCGUAGAUUCUUGAUUGACCUCAUUUGUCUACCGCUUAAGAAGAUUGAUGUAGUUUUGAGUAUGGAGUGGUUGUCAGCUAACUCGGUGUACAUCGGUUGCAAGGAGAAGGCUAUCUUUAUUCCUGCUGGGGAGACUGCUCCAAUUGAGGCCAUUGAACAUCUUCUUGAAGGUACGGUUAACAUGAUCAAUUACCUUUUUGCUCAAGAGAAGUCUUUUCUUUGGUUUUUUACGCCGUACUCCAAAGACAAGAAGAGUGUAUUAGAAAUUCCGGUAGUGUGUGAUUUUCCUGAUGUCUUUUCGGAGGAUGUCACUUCUCUUCCACCGGAAAGGGAGGUUGAAUUCUCCAUCGAACUUGUUCCGGGUACCCCUCCAGUUUCAAUCGCCUCGUAUCGGAUGUCUCCUGCAGAAUUAAGGGAAUUGAAGAGUCAACUAGAAGAGUUGUUGGCAAAACACUUCAUUCGUCCCAAUGUUUCUCCAUGGGGAGCCCCAGUUUUGUUAGUAAAUAAGAAGGACGGUAGUAUGCGAUUGUGUAUCGACUAUCGCUAG